AUGAACUUUUUUAUUUAUUUGGCUAUUAUAGCAGGAGCUUCGUUAUCAUUUGCUCUAGAUGCAAAUGGUUGCAUUCCACCAGAUUUUCAACUUGAAAAUCUGGGGUUUGAUGCGAAAUUUUACACAUACAAGUUCCAAGAUGACGUGAGCAUGUCUGAUUUGGGAUGGAUGACAGAUGGUUAUUUGAAAUCUACGACUUUUGUUAACAGUGUUCAAGGUGUGACUGAUAUAAACUUUGACUUUCCACAAGGAAGUUAUGAUAGUACUGUGAUUGAAAAGUUGUACGGGGUAGACGUUAACGUUGCUGCUUUCACGCUCUCACUCACUGGUUAUUUUUAUGCUGAGUAUACUGGAAAUUAUGUUAUGAGUGUAAAUGUUGAUGACUCAGCAUUGGUUAGAUUUGGUGAUGGACAAUCGUUUGGAUGCUGUAAUUCUAAACCUUCCGAUGGAAAUGAACACGCAAUGUUUGCUCAAUGGUACUCAGGACAAGGAAUUGCCGGAGAAACUGAGCAGACGUAUUUUUUAAAAAGUGGUACCUUCUACCCAAUUCUGAUAUUGAUGGUAAACAAACAGCUUCCUGCAUCCUUCACUUUUAAAAUAAUCACACCAAAUGGUGAUUCUAUCACCAAUUACAGUGAUAGCAUAUAUACGAUUCCAGAUGGAGCACCUUGUCCAGCUCCAAAAUUUUUAACUACUACACUUCCUUGGUUUGGAACUACAACUCUUACAAGCACGGUACCUGAAACUGAAAGUGGUGCAACUACAACAAUAGAAGUUCUCACUCCAGUGAGCAGAGUGACAGAAACCACCUAUUGGACGGGAAGUAUAACCAGUACUACUUAUAUUUUUCCACCAAGUCCAGUAGAUGGAGAAGUUACUGUCUUGGUUGAAGAACCGACUCCACUGACAACAAUUACUUCCACUUGGACCGGAACUGAAGUUACCACCGUCACUAUUCCUGCACCAUCUGGAGGAACCGAGACAAUUAUUGUCGAGGUACCAACUCCGUUGACAACAAUUACGUCGACAUGGACC